CGACGACUCCCCAUCAAAAGGCGAGCGAACAGCAGCUCUAGCUCAGCACACAACCCCAGCCAGCAAUCCAUCCACCAUCCCCCCUUUCCCCUCCCCUCACCGGCGGAUUCCCUCCCGGCCUCCUCCACCCGAGCUCCGCCAUGGCGAACGCGGCGUCAGGUGCUGCGGUGAACGACGAGUGCAUCGCCAAGUACACCGAGCUGCAGGCCAAGAAGAUGCACCGCUUCAUUACCUACAAGCUCAAGGACCAGAAGGAGAUCGUCGUCGACCAGGUCGUCGACCGCGAGGCCACCUACGACGACUUUGCAAACGCGCUGCCAGAGAACGACUGCCGGUACGCCGUCUACGACUUCGAGUUCGUCACCAAGGAGGAUGUGGUUGACACCAAGAUCUUCUUCAUCUCAUGGUCCCCCGACACUGCCAAGGUGAGGAGCAAGAUGCUCUACGCCAGCUCCAGCGAGAAGUUCAAGAGGGGCUUGAGCGGCGUCCAUGUCUUCAUGCACGCCACCGAUGCCAGCGAAAUCAGCGUCGACGCCAUCAAAGAAAAGCUCAAGGGCAAGAUCAAAGAAUGAACGCACCGUUCCUGCCCUGCCCCCUCGCAAUAUGGAUUUAUGUCAAUUAUAGAUUUGCCUGUGUGACCCUGAAACUUUCUUGAUGGUUUGUCGUCGGUUUGUUACCAUCUUCUCAAAGGUCUCCGUGCCUGGCUUCCAGCAUCAGGCCACGAAGAUUUCGGUUCUAUCAUGUACUCUCUCCUCCUGCCCCAUUAUAUGCCGGGCCGUAUGCUGCACUGUUCCAAGUUACUGUUAUAAAUAAUUAUUGUUCUGUUUGGUUUCCUCUUAA